CAGCAGAAGAAGGUAACAGCAAAUUUCCAUACUUUUCUGGCCAUAAACACCCCAUCUUCCUGUAAAGCCCCAUCUCCUUCCAGGGAACCGUGAAGCGCUUUUUUACUAGAAGUAACUCUUAGGCAUUUUAGCAUUCAAUUUCCUGUUUAUUCCAUUCUUGUGAGGCUGGGGAAAAGAGAAAUGUGGAGCUUUUAAGAGCACUUGGUUCCAUUACCCCAGGCUGUGUACCAACAGGGAUCUUCCCUUAUUGAAACAAUUGCUCUGAGCAGCAGUGAAAGGUGCAUGACACAAACACAUCCUCAAUCACAGCAGCUUUGGCACAGGGGAAGCUCCAGCCAAGUUCAGCACACUGUUCUAGCAUCCCGACCAUACUUCUGGAUGAGGGAUUUUCUAGCCAACACGACCUGAAGGGCUUGGUGGAGGCACCAGCACCGUGAGCUGUCUUGUGUCAUGUCCUUGGGAGUGACAGCCACUCGGUUCCUACUCUGUCCCACAGCAGGGCUGGAGCCACCCGUGCCCCUGGUGCAGAAGGAAGGCAAGCUCACGAAACCAACUUUGUUUCUCCUAGCUUCCAGCCAAGCAUUUUUGAUAACCACAGCUUGGCAAGGGCUGUAAUUUCUCUGAUUUAUAUAUAGAGGAGCUGAGGCUGGGCUGGAGACGAGGACGAUAUAAAAGGGUCUGCUCAGCCCCACUCCAGCAGCCAGGCUGGUGGAGCCGGAGAGCUGCGGGGUGCCCCUUUCUGUGGCCAUGGACACAUCCUAUCCCCGGGAGGACUACCUGCCCAUGACAUCCCACAAGCGGGACUCAUCUCCCACCACUGUCACCUCUGCACCGCCCCGCGACCACCUCAUCUGGUCCAUCUUCAACACCAUCUACAUGAACUUCUGCUGCCUCGGCUUCGUGGCUCUUGCCUUCUCUGUCAAGGCACGGGACCGGAAGGUGGCAGGGGACGUGGAAGCUGCUCGGCGCUUCAGCUACAAAGCCCGCUGCUACAACGCGCUGGCCACAGCUGGCAGCGUGCUGCUGCCUAUCCUGCUCACUGCUCUGGUGGUCACUGGUGUCCUCCACCUCUCCAAGCUCGCCCAGGACUCCGUGGGCUUCUUCAGCAACCAGUUCAGCACCAGCGAUGAUGAGGAUAAGUGAGCGGUGGGCAAGGGGAUGGCAAAAGCCUCUCCGCAGCGCUGCUGAUCCAGCCCUGCCGUGCACAACCCCAUGCUUCUUGGGGCAGCUAUGUUAUUUGGUGUGGUUAUUUGGUGUUGGUGGUAGUGUUUGUUAUUUUUUUUUAAUCUCUUCCUUGGUGCUUAAUAUUUAAAUCAUUAAAUCAUUUCACCCAUCUCGAA